CAGAACACAAUCGUUAGUUGAAGAGGCAGUGCGAGGAGGUCACUGACCAUUUCAAAUCGAAGAAAACAUGGCGAUGGUUUCUAUGCAAUUUUCGCUCCCGAAUCUGAACUCUCAGAGCCUCAAAUGGCGGCGAGUCAACCGAAAUUCGUUCAGGUGCCCCAGCAUGGCGAUUGCAAGUGGGAAUGCAUCUACUUCAGGAGUAAGAGUUACUGAAGGGGAAGGGAAUUUACCUAAGGUUGUUCUCUCUUCUCCUAAUGGCAGUGAGGCAGAAAUAUAUUUGUAUGGAGGUUGUAUCACAUCUUGGAAAGUUCCAAGUGGAAAGGACCUUCUCUUUGUUCGGCCUGAUGCUGUAUUUAACAAGAAAAAGCCAAUCAGCGGAGGUCUUCCACAUUGUUUCCCACAAUUUGGACCAGGCCAGAUUCAACAGCAUGGAUUUGCAAGGAAUAUGGACUGGUCCAUCCUUGACUCCAAAGAUGUCGAUGGAAAUCCUGCUGUAACUCUUGAGCUUAAGGAUGGUCCAUACAGUCGUGCCAUGUGGGAUUUUGGUUUUCAGGCUCUAUAUAAGGUUAUUCUAAAUUCAAAGAGCAUUACAACGGAGCUAAUAAUUACAAACACAGACAAUAAGCCAUUUUCAUUCAGCUCGGCAUUGCAUUCGUAUUUCCGUGCCUCUGUAACAGGGGCAUCUGUGAGAGGCUUGAAAGGCUGCAAAACUCUGAAUAAAGACCCAGAUCCUACCAAUCCUUUGGAGGGUAAAGAGGAAAGGGAUGUGGUCACUUUUCCUGGAUUUGUAGAUUGUGUAUAUCUUGGUGCCCCUGAUGAAGUGCAUCUUGAUAACGGUUUGGGUGAUGUAAUAACUAUCAGAAAUACGAAUUGGUCAGAUGCUGUUUUGUGGAAUCCAUAUCUGCAGAUGGAAGCAUGCUACAAAGACUUUGUUUGUGUGGAAAAUGCUAAGAUUGGAAAUGUCCAGCUAGAACCUGAGCAGUCAUGGACAGCAACACAGCAUAUUAGCAUAGGCCCAUAGGCGGAAGUGUAACUAUACUGAUUUUGAAAUUUAUAGAAUUACUCUAUCCCUCUGUUAUACCAUAUGGCUUGAUCAUUUAGUUCAUGACAUGAGAAACCUUUCCAACUAGAUGAGCAACAACUCAGGCUAGUCCAGAGUACUCUGUAAUGUCAUUCCUGUUAAAAUCUGUUGGAUCUUGCUUCUGUCUACUGAUUUUUGUAUAUGAAUGAUAUUAUCUCUAUUUUCCUUCUUCACCAGUAAUUUCCACAAUUACAUUUUCCA